AUGCGUUUCAACGAGUGCAAGGAGGUCAAGAAAACUCUUCAGAAGCAUCUCGGACUCAACCUUACGGUGGUCAAUAGCGCCGAGCUUUUCCUCGGUCGCCUCAAGGGCGUCAGGAAGCCUGAGAAGAAGCGCAAGAUCAUUGGAGAGACCUUUAUUGACUUUUUCGAGCAAGAGGCCAUCAAGGAAGCCGAGAACACCCCUGACGCCGGAAAGUUUUCUUGGUUCCUUUAG